AUGGAUACGUCGAAUGAUCAUGACCCAUCAAAUUUGAAUUUGAACUUAGAUGAAAAUAGAAAUGAAAGAAUUAUCGAGUUAACUAUAAUUACUUUAGAAAAUAUCAUAACAAACGAAGAUACGAAUGUAAUUAUUUCCAUAGAACAUAAUUCAAAUAUACUCGGAGAAAGUAAUCCAAUUAAAAUCGAAGCUGGUAUCAAAGAAUCCACACCUGUAUACGAUGUUAAUUUUUCAGUAAAAAUUCCAGUACUUCUUCACGAUCGAAACAGCAUCGAUCUUUUCGUUUCCAUUCCAAUUUUAAUUACAGUAUUAUACGUCAAUCAAGAUAAAAAUGUUACGUCUACUGUUUUGGAUACAGAAAGAAAGAAAAAAGAAUUGAAAUCAUCCAAAAUUAUUGGAUUAUGCAACGUCGAUUUAAUGCCAAUUUUAUUAGGAGAGAAUUUAUUUACUGAAAAAUUAAUACUGGAAACAAUGCAAUUUAAAUUCGAUGGUACUGCUUCGUCGUGGCCUAAUCUUCCAUACUUAAAAAUCAAAGUUAAACAAGAGGAUGAACGAUUCUUUCCUUCUGAUCUAGAAUAUAAUUUUUUAAACAUCACCAUAGAAAGUAUUUUUAAUCCACCAUCAUGGUUCACUGAUAAUAUCGAUUAUAAAGCUGGUACUAUUAUUUAUGGCGAAGAAAACGAAGAACCGGAAACGAUAAUACACGAUGGUGGUAAAUUGAUAAAUGAUCGAGAUAUAUAUAAAACUAAAUGUUGGAAUUCUUUGUUUCAUUUACAAAGUCGUGCUAAAUUAUCGAAAUAUAAAAUUGCUUGUAAUUACAAUGAUGUAAAAAAUACUCUCGAUAAGGAGUUACAAUUACAGAACGUAGUUGAGAAUGAUAUAACAAGAAUUGAAUGGAAUUCUAUGAGUCGUCACAUUCUGUUAAAAGAUGCUAUUAGAAAAAUGCGAGAUCAAAUUUCCAAAUAUAAAUAUUGGCCAUUUCAAUUCAUAGCAUCGGAUGUACAAAAAGUUAAUGCAAAAACAAAAUCUACUACGAAAUAUCCGAUUUAUCAAUGUUACGUCGAUUUAAGCGAAUUAUUAUUUCCUGGGAGAACUAAAACGCGAAUUGCAUCGCAAUUGUAUACCUACAAUCCCGUAGAUCUUAUGGAAAAAACCGGAUUUGAUAAAAAUAUUUUUUUAAUAGAUAAUCAAACGAAAGAAUCUAAGGAAAAAGAUAAACGAGGAAGAACUUCGAUGAAAGUGAUCAUUUAUCUUUUAUCGAAAUUAGUUAACAUAUAUAAUACAUCGAUAGUAUCAGAAGCAGAAACAUUAACGAGUGAACCAGUAAUCACAAAAACCAAUGAACCUGUUUUUGUAAUAAUUGAGAUUGAAAUUAUUCGACCCCUUGUUCCUUGUCGAUUAGCUAAAGAUUUUAUUAUCAAUCGUUUAUUUUACUUUAGGAUCGAUGAAUUGAUAACUCCGACAGAUAAAAAACCAUAUUAUCCAUACUCUGUAGACGUUGUUGAGGAUCAAUAUUCAAAAUGCAUUGAAACGUUAUUUAAUAUCUUAACGGAAAGUUAUAAAGACGAGUUAACAUGUUUCGUUCAGUAUUUAUAUAAAACAGGAGUCUAUUUAUCCGUACGUAAUGCAUUGAAGACGAAAGUUACUUUACUUUUAGAUCACAAAUUUCAAAUGCCAUCGUAUACAUUAGAUUCUUGCGAAGGACAGAAUUUUAUAAUAUCGGUAUAUACUUAUUUGGUCGAAUCUAUGCACACGAUCGUUAAUCAAACGAUCGAAGGAAAUUAUUCGAAAGAUUCGUCGAUUAUUUCUGAUUCAGAUCGAUUUUAUUUCUAUGCGGAAGAAGCUUAUGAAUUAGGCUACAUCAAUGAAGCUAGAAAAUAUUAUACUACCAUUAUCGAUAAAAGUAAAAAUGAUCCUGAUGCAUGGAUCAAUUAUGCAAUAUUUUUAUUAAAAAUAGAAGAUACAGAACGUGCCGAGGAAUGUUGUAGAGAAGCUAUUCUUUUAAAUAAUCGUCACAAAAUAUCACUAUUAGUUUAUGGAGCUAUUUUAAUGAAAAAAAGACUUUAUCGAGAAGCAGAAAUAUUUUUUCGAAGUAUUACCGAUUUUUAUCCACGAUUUGUCGAAGGAUGGACGAUCUUGCAUUUAUUUUACAUUCGUACCGAUUAUUAUUCAGGAAGAGGCAUCACGAUUCGGAUAGCCGAGGAAUGCAUGAAAGAUAAAGAUCGAGAUAUAGCAAUCAAUAAUCGAGAACCUCUUGCAUGGUCAAUGAUCCAUUGUCCACGAGAUAGCAUAUACACGAUGACAAUAACGUUCUUGCUUAAAUUACAUCUCUAUGAUUUGGCAGGUAUUGCAUUGGCAGAAGAAAUGUCUCUAACUGAUAGAUCGACGCAUUUAUUAUAUUAUAUGGCAGUGGAACAUUAUCUCUUACACAGAUACGAAGAUGCAUUAUCUCAUUUGAAGGAAGCUCAAUGUCAAUACGGACUGGAUUACUCGAUAAGUUGUUUAAUGGGGCAUUGUUAUUUCCAAAAUGGUGAUUUAAAAGAAGCUAUAAAGUAUUAUGAAUUUGCUAAUAUGGUUUUUGACAGACCAGAUGAUAUUUAUUUUAUGCAAUUAAGAAUGGGACUGUGCUACGAAAGUAAAAAGGAUUAUGAAAAAGCUAAGAAAGUAUUGUUAAAUGCUUGCCAAUCUUCACCUACGUCUAUUAGUUGGCUUCACGUUGGAAUUUCUUUUUAUAAAUUGAAUCAAUUAAAAGAAGCUGAAUUAGCUUUGAUAGAAGCAAACAAGAUUGAUAAUUGCAACGCUGAUGUUUGGGGAUAUUUAUGUUUGUUGAAUCUUUCUCUUAAACGAUACGACGAAUUUACUUUAUGUUACAGACAAGUUAUCACGGUAAUCGAUAUUAUAAAAUAUUAUUAAAAAAAAAAAAGUAAUAUACGAAAGGAACUGAUGCAUUUUCAGUAUAAUCUUAAAAAUGAAGAAUUGUUGAAAGAGAUCAAAGAAUUUAUGAAACUGUUGAAUUAUGAAGUCGAAGUUCUGCAAGUUAAAUAAAAUGAGAUCAAGUGUGAAUUAGUAAAGAUUAGAAAAUUAAAAAGAAGAAGAUAUUGUUAGUAUAUCUUUUUAUAAUCCAUGAUUCGGGAUGAGAGGAAAUGCAUUCUUUCUCCAAUGUUUAAGGGCAUAAUAAAAAUGUAGAGUUAAGAUAUUUAAUCUGUGUCAUAUAUAUUUAAAAGCUUCUAAGAAACUUAAAGUUCAUAUUUUUAUAUGUAAUAGAACAUAAACUUCGGUAAUAAAAACAAAUAAUAAAUUGGAAAAAAAGUAAAAUAAAUACAAAUAAACUAUAAAAUAAUAUAACAAUUAAUUACUAUAGGAAAUAAUAAUAAUAAAUGAUUAAUAGUUUGGCAUCGGCGUUAAUCCGAAUUAGAAACUUUAGUGAGAUACUAAUCUCAGUUUAUAGGAUGACUUAGUAAUUGUUCUUUAAUUUGCUGAUUGUAAAAGCGAAUUAUAAAAAUAUUUUUCGAUCAUCUAAUGGGAUACAUAAAAAUACUAUCAUUUUCUGAUUCGACGUAAAAUCAGCAAGUCAAAUUUAUCGAAAAUAAAUCACAUUGCACUUUGCAAAAAUAAUAACAUGGUGAUAUAACAAUAAUUAAAAAUAGAGUAUAAAUAAUAUAAAUGUUGUAACGCAAUUAUAAAAGAAUACAAGCGAAUUUUCUUAUAAACAUUUGCAACAUAUUAUAAUAAACUUAUAUCAAAUUAAUUGAAACAUGUUUCUAUUAAGCAUACAUUCAUGUUAAUGCCAAAUUAAUGAAAAAUCGUUUAAUUCUUGCGUCACUAGGAAAAGAUUAUUAACAUAAUCACAAAUUAUAGAAAGAACGCUUCACUUUUUAACUAUUAUUUAUAUAUAAAUAAUCGAAGUAACAUUUAAAAAUAUAAUUUGUGCAGCAGCUAAAUUUCUUUUCUUUUCGUAUAUUAUAUAAUUUGAAUGCAUUGCAUUUUUGUAUUUCUUUUUUUUUUUUGUUUUUUUUUUCUCAUACGAUUUUUAUAGAUACAUUUACUUAUUUUUUAUGUUGACAAUAUUUAGUAGAUAAUUUUUAUUUUAUUUCAUAUAUCAGUUUCCUUAAUUUUCAGAAUUAGCUUGUGUAACUUCACUUUCAUUGCGAUUUUUUUCUACAGCUGAUUCAAUAGUUUUACUUUGCAAUUCUUUUUUUUCAACUAUUUCCUCAGAUGUUACAUCGUUAUCUUUUGCUAUGUCAACUGAGCUGGACGAUAUAUUA